AAAGGGUCCAAAACCCGAAAGGCAAAGAUACGGAAACAGAACAAAACUGGAAAAGAGUCUCACUUCAAAUCCGAGUGAGAGCUUUUGUUGUCAUUCACCUUUGUUCAGAAUAGUCUAUCGAACCAACCAUGCAGCAGGGUCCUGGAGGAUCUGAGACGGAGGUUACUUGGGAAGAUCAACAGAACAUCAACAAAUUUGGAAGAUUAAACAAUCGGUUUCAUGAGCUUGAGGAUGAAAUCAAGACUGCCAAGGAAACAAAUGAUAACCUGGAGGAUGCAAGUAACGAGUUGAUUCUAACCGAUGAGGAAGUAGUACGGUUCCAAAUAGGAGAAGUCUUUGCUCAUGUGCCCAAGGAGGAAGUGGAGACCAGGAUAGAAGAGAUGAAGGAAGUUACCAGCAAGAACUUGGAAAAACUCGAGGAGGAGAAAGAAUCAGUGCUGGCACAAAUGACUGAGUUGAAGACGAUUUUGUAUGGCAAGUUCAAGGACUCCAUCAAUCUAGAAGAGGAUUAAUAGCAUUGAGUUGUUUUCUGCCCUGUAGUUUGAUUACUGCUUGCUUGUGUUUGGUAUUAUCUUCCUUUUCUUACAGCUUUGCUUAUCUUUUAUUUCGAAGUUGGUUAUUGAACCUUAAAACAUCUUCCUGGAUAUCUUCUUUAUAAUAAACCCGAUCGAUGGAUGAAUGAAAUGAAUUUGAGCUGAUACCUU